UGUAAAUUUGUCAAAGUAGACUAUACCGUUCUGUUUGCAGAUUCAGUUUUAAUUAUGAAAACUGACGCCCGUUACGCCGGUCGCGUACAGCGAAGAAUGAAGUUUAAAAUGUGGUAUAUGCAUUACGAGAUUGUAAUGGAUGGAAUAAGACAUGUAGAAAGGGUUCAACAUUUUAGAAAAUAUCACUACAAGUCCAGGCCCUUCCAAAUAGGCGAAGCCGUGUUUAUUAUACGGCAGAAAUAUGCGAGAUUGAUCACCAUAUUCAAUAUAUGUGUUACUGAACUCGGUAAAGAAAUAAAGGAUCACAAUUUUUACCUUCAACAUCUAUCAGAACUGCAAAAACUAGCAGUGGAUAUUGACCAGCUAAUAGAGUUAAUAGAAGACUAUGAGAGCGGUCCUACUGAAAAAGUAUGGUUGUAUUUUGGCAACAGCAGCAUAAUUAACACUAGUACAUUUUCGCCCAAAAUUCUUCGUAGCUAUUUGCAGGGUAAUCAGGAAUCAUUACAUACAGACAGAGAGAAACAAAAAGCGUACAUGAUAAGAAAGAAGGUAGCCUGGACCAUGUCUAAGGGACAGAUUAACAGAAGUAAUUUAACAAAAGAAGAUUUUUUAAAGAAGGACAUACGUGAGGAUGGGUUUGAAUCGGAUUUAAUAUGAAGUAACUAAA